UACUCUUGAAAAACUGUAAAAACGUGGAUACUGCAAUCUCAGUGAAAGCCGAAAGCAUUCACGUAACUCGACCCAGUUAGAUUCUAUAACCGAGAAAGAAUGGCAACAGAAGAAGAACAGUUUACUUUGUGUGUUCAAAAUGUUGAAAAAGCGGAGCGGGAAAUCGAACGCCUGCAAGCAGAACUUGCAGUUGUUGCAGACGGUAAAAAGUUGCUCGAAGAAGGUUUUGCUUCACCAGAACUUGAAAAACUUAGGAUGGAAAAUCAGAAGCUGAAAUUCCAGUUGAAUCAUUUGAAGACAUACUUGUCUGAGGAGAAGGGUAGAGUGAGGGACUACGCUCUAGACAUCCGAGGUAUCGUCGAGGAUGUCUUCACCAGAGCCAUCUACACAGCAUUUCCAGAGCUCCCCAACCCCAUAGUGCUGGUGGUACCAAGUACAAAGUUCAGUGACUACCAGUGCAACAGCGCCAUGUCCAUAGCUCAGCAAGUGUCCAGCACUACAGGGAAGAAGACAAGCCCAAGGGACGUUGCUCAGGCCAUCUUGGACAAUGUACCAGACACUCCCUUCUUUGAAAAGAUGGAUAUAGCAGGGCCUGGUUUCAUCAACAUUGCCUUGAAAAAAGAGUUUGUGGCCAAGGAACUGAGUUUUCUGCUGACCCAUGGCGUCAAACCCCCAAAGGUGGUCAAAAGGAAAGUGGUCAUUGAUUACUCAUCGCCCAAUAUCGCAAAAGAGAUGCAUGUUGGUCAUUUAAGGUCAACAAUUAUUGGAGAAAGUAUUAGUCGUUUGAUGGAAUGGGUGGGUCAUGAUGUCCUCCGCCUCAACCACCUUGGAGACUGGGGCACACAGUUUGGUAUGCUGACCGCCCACCUGAUUGAGAAGUACCCCAACCUCCUAGAGGUCAGGCCACCUAUUGAGGACCUGCAAGCCUUCUACAGGGAGUCAAAAGCCAGGUUUGAUGAUGAAACCCAACCAGAGUUCAAGCGCAAGGCCUACGAGUGUGUGGUCAAGCUCCAGUCUAAGGACCCUUUCAUCUACCAGGCAUGGAAGAUCAUCUAUGACAUUUCCAUGGAAGUCAACAAUGGGGUGUAUCGCAAACUUGGAGUUUCAAAGAAUCUGAUUGAGAGGGGUGAAUCAUUUUACCAGGACCGCAUGGUGCAGUUGAUAAAGGACCUGGACCAAGCAGGGGAAAUAACCAUUGAUGAGCAUGGGCGGAAAGUCAUGUUCCUGCCAGGUUUUGAUGUGCCACUAAUGCUGGUCAAAUCAGAUGGAGGCUUUACCUAUGACACCUCAGAUUUGGCUUGCAUUAAACAAAGGCUGCAGGAAGAGAAUGGUGAAUGGCUCAUCUAUGUGGUAGAUUCUGGACAGAGCACUCACCUCCAGUCCAUCUUUGUUGCUGCUGACAAGCUAGGCUGGGUGGACAAGGCCAAACAUCGCAUUGAUCAUGUCGGCUUUGGGCUGGUCCUGGGGGAGGACAAGAAGAAGUUCAAAUCCCGCUCAGGCGAGACAGUCCGGCUACGAGAUCUGCUGACCGAGGGCAUCAAGCGAGUGGAGAACAGGCUAAGGGAGACUAACAGGGACAAGGAGCUGAGCCCUGAAGAGUUAGAGAAGGUCAAGGAAUCUGUGGCCUAUGGCUGCAUCAAGUACGCUGACCUCUCCCAUAACAGGACUAGUGACUACAUCUUCUCUUUUGAUAAGAUGUUGGAUGACCGUGGCAACACAGCCGCCUACCUUCUCUACGCCAACACUAGAAUCAGGUCAAUAGCCAGGAGUGCCAAUGUCAGCCCAGAUGAUCUGAAGGCCGCGGCCAAGGCCACACCCAUUGAGCUGGACCACCCGGCCGAGUGGAAGUUGGCCAAGUGUAUCCUGCGCUUCACUGAGGUCAUUGACCGCGUGCUGGAUGACCUGUUGCUACACUCGCUGUGUGACUAUGUGUACGAGCUGACCACUACGUUCACAGAGUUCUAUGACAAAUGCUAUUGUAUAGAGAAGGACAAGGCUACAGGAAAGAUCAUCCGAGUCAACAUGAGCCGCCUGCUGAUGUGUGAGGCCACAGCUCUAGUGAUCGCUACAUCAUUCCACAUCCUGGGCAUCCAGCCACUAGACAAGAUGUAACAGCGCCAAAGAUCUUGUUUUUUUUGUUCCCUGUUUAAUUUUUCAAGAAGUGUAGCAAACCCAAUGUGUAGCUCAAAACGUGUUAUUGUAUGAUGUAAAGCGUGCUAAUAAAGAGUAAACAAAUUCUGGAUGUUCCUACCUGUGUCUAAAGACAAAUACUUAAUUAUGAAUAUCUAAUCAAUUAAGCAUUAUAAGGUUGCCAUUAAAAAUUAUAAACCACAGCCCCAUUAAGUUAAAUUUUCUUUUUCUAAAAGUAUUGUUUGUGUAUGCAAAUAUGCGCACACAAUAAUUAGGACACAAAUUGUAUACUUAAAUAUUUUCUUUUUUUAUUUGAAUAUUUCCACGUACAGUAGAAAUAAAUUUCUUUUUCAAAAUUGCUUCUGAUAAAAAUUGUGGAAUGUUUGGCUACAGAAAUAUCUGUUCCCAUAUCAAAUACUGUCUAGUAAUUGUUUCCUUACCAUUAACAUUAGUUAAGACAUUUUAACUUUUAAAUUCUUUUAUAGGAUACCAUUAAAAAUGUUAAUGUCAAAUCAGUUUCCAAUUAACAUAACCCAUAAUCAAAUAAAUUUAUU